AUGUACUUACAAGCGCUUCAAGGAUACGAGAAGGCGUGGGGACCAGAUUACACAGAAAUACUAGAUACAGUCAACAACCUAGGUAUUAUUUAUAAGGCCCAAGGCAAGCUGCAAGAGGCCGAGAAGAUGUACUUACGAGCGCUUCGAGGAAAGGAGAAGGCAUGGGGACCAGAUUACACAGAAACACUAGACACGGUCAACAACCUAGGCGUCCUUUACUCAGACCAAGGCAAGCUGCAAGAGGCCGAGAAGAAGUACUUACAAGCGCUUCGAGGGUACGAGAAGGCAUGGGGACCAGAUCACACGGAAACACUAGCCACGGUCAACAACCUAGGCGUCCUUUACUCAGACCAAGGCAAGCUGAAAGAGGCCGAGAAGAUGUACUUACGAGCGCUUCGAGGGUACGAGAAGGCAUGGGGACCAGAUCACACGUCAAUACUAGACACGGUCAAUAACCUAGGUACCCUUUACUCAGACCAAGACCAAGGUAAGCUGCAGGAGGCCGAGGAGAUGUUCUUACGAGCGCUUCGAGGGUACGAGAAGGUCAUAGAACCCCAGAACAUCACGAGAUACCGGCCAGCGAUCAACACUAUAUGGGGUCUAGGGUCCUUGUUAUGGAGUCAGGGCCAGCUAGUCGAGGCCAGGACAUCCUAUCAGCGCGCUUACAGUGACCUUAAAGGACUGUUGGGAUCGUCUCAUGAAGAUGUCCAGUCGCUACAGAAUACUCUGCUAGACCUGAAUCGUACAAUCGAGGCUGGGUCCGUUGAUAGAGAUUAG